CUGGACCAAGCUCCGGAUGUGGGAGUGGGAGGACGAGUUUUCGCGGCUGUGCUAUCUCGACGCGGACAUGCUGCUGCUCAAAAACUGCGACGAGCUGCUUGGCGACCGGCUCUGCGGCGGCGCAGCGCUGCACGCCGUUCCCGAGUGCAGCUGCGUCUCAGGGCGCAGCGGCGGCUGCCCCUACUUGUCGCCGCCAGCGGGAGCGCCACCUGCCCACUACUUCAACGCAGGGCUGCUGGUCCUCUCGCCGUGCCGCGCGACGGCGGAGGCGAUGCGGGCCGCCCUCGCCGCCUCGGACCUGGCCUCGUUCGCCUUUGCCGAGCAGGAUUUCCUCAACCGCUACUUUGCGCACGACCGAGGGGCGGCCGGCGCGGGGCCGCCGUGCUCGUGGAGGGCGCUGCCCUGGUGCUUCAACGCGACCAAGGGGCUGUACGCGAGGCACCGCGGCCUCUGCCGGCUGGGGGAGGUCCGCAUUCUUCACUUCACGAUGGCCAAGCCGUGGGACCUGCGCCACCCCUGCCACGCCGGCUUCGAGCGGCUUAACGCGCUCUGGCACGCGGCCUUUGCGGACCCGGCGAGCCUGCCGCGCGCCACGCUGCGGGCGGUGCUGCAGGAGAAGAGGGAGAGGGAGAGCCAGGGCGGAGGCGUGUGACCACGCACCUCCCUGCCGCUCCCGCCGGAGGCUCCCCAGUCAUGGGCACGCUCCCCAGUCAGGCAAAUGUGCAUGUCCACGACACGUCACGGCGGGGGCAUGUCCCGUUAGGCGAGUCCCUCCUCCUGCAGUAGUUACAAGCUAGCAGGGGUCGUCGCGCUUC